AUACAGCCACAGCAGUCGUUGCAUAAAGAGUUUCUAAAAGACUUUCAGACUUACCAGAGCUGCAUAGUAGUCUAAUAUAUCACUACAAGAAGUUACUUUGAUUCAAGAUUAUACACUAAUUAAACCCUUGGGAAAAUGCAGGGAAAAACUCUGAUUCUGCUGAUAUUUUCCACCAAUGUUUGUGCAGCUGCACUUCCCAAAAGGAAUAAAGUUCUGUUCCCAUCUGCACAGAGGCUAAAAAGAAAUCUAGAUUCCAACAUUCCUAUUAAUCCUGUGUUCCAGAAGUCAUAUAAGGACGUGGAGCUGCUGUAUGAGUUUCUUCUGGGGGGGCUGAAAAUUGAUGACAAUUUAAAGUGCUCCCUGAAGGAUGAAGAGCUUGCAUCACUGAGAGCAGCAAAGAAGUUUAAUGUUAUUGUCAAUCACAUCAUUCCCAAGGACAUCGCUGAUAUUCGAAAGCUUACUUACAGACUAUCCAAAUACGUUGGACAGCUUAAGUCAGAGGACUUUGAGAGGACGCUGCUGACCUUGGUGUUCACAGCUUAUCAGGCAGUAAAAUUUAAAGGACACCAACAGGACUACUGGGAAGAGUCACUUGUAAAUCUCUUUCAAGCUUUAAGACAAGAUUUGAUGUCUUAAUAAUUCUGAUUUUGGGGGUACUGGAAGAAAGUUAAGCUUAGUGAAGUUUAAUUCUUGAAUAUUUAACUAUCUCACUUCUAGUGAUUUCUCAAUGGUUCCCCUAGUUUCUUUAAGCAUUCCAAAUUAGCUUUUUUUUUGCAGGAUCUGCAUUAAAAUGCAAGCAUUUUCUACCCUUUUCACAAAAAAAGAUGACUAUAUGUAACAUAAUCCUCUCUAAUCCAAAAAUAUAAGUGAUGCUGAAAUGCAAAUAUUUUGAAUAUUGGGCCAUUAAAGUACAAAAAAGAUUGGGAGAUUCAACUAUAAAUGCUUCUUGAUCAAAUAAAACCUGACCAAAACUAUUCAAAGGAAUGAUACAGGGAGGCAUAAGACUUUCAAGCAUUUAACUGCAGGAAACCGAAUCCGCGGAUACAGGGGUUCUACUGUAUACCUGUUAAAGUGUAUCACUCAGCUGCAAUUAGCCCUCAUAGCCAGCUUAUGGGGCACAUAAGUGAAUUUCAAUCUUUUUUUUCCCCCAAUGAAAUCAAAUCAAAUUUAGUCAUUUUAUGCUGGCUCCAAGAAUCAGGAAAGUGGGUUCCUAUUGUAAAAAACUGUCACUUACUUCUUACUGAUAGAGGCUGGUGUGCAAAAUGGAAGUGUUACAUUGGUACAGCAAUGAGUGUUCUUCUGAGAAUUAGGUGGAGGGUGGGAGCUUUAUUCUGCAGUUGACUAUACUGGGGAUGGUUGUCGUGGGAUGGAUAGCGCUGAUAUGGAAUGCCUAAAGGGUUUUCAACUCUAGCACUAGUAUUCUAUCAUUUUAACAAACACAAAGCUAAAAAUUUACUUGUUAGGUGAGCUGGUAAUGAAAUACGUCAGCCGUGAUUAAAAUGGUAGCAGGCAUUUUGCUAAUGGAUCAAUAUGCAUUUCCUGCAAAAAAUAACAUUUGCACUUAAUUAAUCAGAAUAGCAUACUUUUGUUAAAGAUUUAGAAAUAUAGACAGCUGUUCUAUUUAAAAUGCAAUACAAUAUAGAAUAUGAUUGAAAUGAAUGCUUUUCUAUAACUAAAUUGCUAUCGUUGUUUGAAUAUUGCCAGGCGGAGGGUUAUUUUCAGGGCUUGGGAUUGCGAUGUGCUGAAAAUGCAAUCUUACCUUCAACAUCGCAGACUGACUUAGUAGGUGUUCGUUUCUAUGUGCCAGAGUGCAUUAGAAAUGGCGGUGACAGUUUUUCACAAGUGACUCAAAAAUACUAAUUAAGAGGAUUAUUGGGUCGAGGAAUUCAAUGAUACAUCUUGUACGUAUUGAGAUACAUUCUUAGAAAAACUGAAGAAGCCAUAUAUUAUCACAAACUCAGAAAAGGAUAGUAACAUAAAAUUUGCUCCGAUUAUAAUGACUCCAACCCUUGAACUGGAGACUGUGGAAAAUCUGACUGUGUUGCACGUCACUUAAAUUUUCUACUCUAAUAUGAGAAAUACCAUCAUUUAUUUACAGUUGAUGCAUGAAUCACACGUAUGAACCCGUCACACCACCCAUUGGAUCAUUAAAUAUGACUGAUUGUAAUGGCAGGAACAAAGAAAUCGGCUGACCAGGGCAGGAUGUCUGCAUUUUAUUGUUGCACAACAUCUGAAAGCUUUCCUUUUGCGUGUCUGGUCAAAGGUGCAUAUCACAUAGGGAUGGAUGGUAAAACUAUUGAACUAUAGAUAGUAUUUAUUGUAUUCAUUGAAGAAGUAAGCAUUGUUUCUCACUCUUCACUGUGUGCCUUUUCUCUUUUGAAGUCCAUCAGCAUUCCAUUCCCCUAUGAUUUCAUUGGAGGAAAGGGGAGAGUUUGUCCAAUUAAGAGCUGUGAACUUUGCAUCGUGAAAGGUAGAUAAAUCAAUGGCAGGCCAUGAUAGAAAAAAUAUCAUUGUUACCUACUUCUUAAAUAGUUGAAACGCAGAGCUUUCCUUGUACAAGUGAAGUAUCCAAUGAUACUUGGCUAGAUAUCAAAACUGCAGGUACGUUCACCGCCGAAGAUCCUGUUUGCCAGUGAUCUAUUUCAGAGAUCAGUAGCGUCAAAAAAGUCCUUCCACAGAAUCCACUCACAAUGCUGUUAACAGAAAAAAUGUCAUGUUCCCAUUUUGGCAGCAACACUUUGCAUGAAAAAAUAAUUCAACAAUGAGUUAUAAUGGUCACUUAUAUUUUUAAAAUUUCUUUUUAUUAAAUACUUAAGUGUUACUGAGCCUUUAACUUAAGGCUUCAUUCUUAAGGAUUCAUUCAAUAAAUGACCAAUUAAGUCAAACAUA